AUGUUUCUCGACCGCGGCGUCAUCACAAAGGUGUACCACCGGCCGAGCGGCGAGGGCCAGACGACGACGGCCGAAGCGGAGGCGGACCAUGGCAGGCCGCGCCGCCAGGGCGAGGGCGACACGCCGUUCGACGUCAGCACGAACCCCGUGACCAUCGGGUCGCUCAACAAGCGAUGCUACACGUCGUUCAACGCCUACAUGGGCGACGUCACGGACGAGGAGAUUGCCGACUACGAGGCGCGCUUUGCCAGCCGCGGGCGCGAGGUGUCGGCCGUCUGGAGCCUCAUGGCCUUUAGCGCGGGCAUCGUCGAGUCGCUCAUCGUCACGGACCGGUGGCUGUUUCUCGCGGAGGCCGACGUCGUCAAGGAUGCGUGGGUGGAGACGGUGUUUGACUACAAGCAGAGCCCGCGCAACCUCGUCGUCGUCGGCAUCAAGAGGUAG